AUGGCAUUGACAUCUGCGGCCGGUUUUAUCGCGUUACUGGAGGAUGAACGACAAGACAUUAAGGCCUUUGCUUUGAAACGCUUAACUGACCUGGUCGAUGAAUUUUGGGCUGAAAUAUCGGAGUCAGUUGAUAAGAUUGAAAUACUAUAUGAGGACACCACUUUUGCCUAUCAUAAAGCGGCUGCCCUCCUUGCAUCAAAAGUUUAUUUUAAUCUUGGUGAGUAUGAUGAUGCUCUGCACUUUGCCCUUUGUGCUGAGGAAUUGUUCGACCCUAACGCAAAAUCGGAGUACGUCAGAACCAUGAUAACCAAAUGCAUUGACAAAUACACUUCCAUUCGUGCUGAAGAUGAAAAUAAUCUAGGCCAUAGGCUAUCCGCAAAGGACCUAAAAUCAAGUGGAAGGAAAUGGUCUGUUGGUGAUGGCAGUACCUACUUCCAACUUGAAACUGUCGUCAACCGAAUGUUUAACAGGUGCUUUGCUCAUAAGCAGUUUAAGCAAGCACUUGGUAUUGCCAUUGAAACGAGAAGAGAGGAUACUUUCGAACAAGCUAUCACGCUGGCGGAAGACCGUGAUGACAUGUUGCGUUACGCGCUCAAAGUGGUUCUUACACUUGUAGACAGUGUUAAGCUACGCAACCGCUUAUUGAGCAUUCUUGUUCGUAUAUACAGUAAAAACCCAACACCUGCUGAUUCCGUUCAUAUCUGCCAAUGUCUUGUUCUCAUGGAUGAUUCAAAGGCCACUGCUGAGGCUCUUGAAGGCUUGAUUUUAUUGUCCGAAGAAGCGGCUGUCACUGCCUAUCAAAUCGGCUUCGACCUCUACGAAAAUGCCACGCAGGAGUUUUUACAUCAGGUGUCCGAUACUUUGUCGCACAGUGAAAAGAUUGGGCACUUGAUGGUGCGUCCGAAACCCGCUGGAAACGAGGAGGGGGAUACAAAAAAACCGGAAGAGGGAGCCACUGGUGAACCCGGUCCUGCUGAACAGCCUUCUGAGGAGGAUUUUAAAACUGAACUUUCUAGCAAAGAUAAAGCUAUCAAGAAUCGUCUCGAACUACUUAAGAGCAUUCUCUCUGGUGAUAAAGUGAUUGAACUUCAUCUGCAAUUCCUUAUCCGUAACAACAAGGCCGACUUGCGCUUGCUUGAACGAAUUAAGGAGGAUGUCCGUAAUUCAGUUACACAUAACGCCACUGUAAUUGCCAACAGUUUGAUGCAUUGUGGAACCACUUCGGACCAGUUUCUCCGUGAUCAUCUCACAUGGCUGGGCAAGGCUGUCAACUGGGCCAAGUUUACAGCAACUGCUACUCUUGGUGUCAUACAUCGAGGAAACGAAAAAGAGGCGCUUCGUCUUAUGUCCGCCUACCUUCCGAAGGAUUCUAGUGGAUCUUCCAGUAGUGUCUACACUGAGGGUGGAGGUUUGUAUGCUCUGGGUCUAAUCCACGCUAAUCACGGCGGCACAAUGACUGAUUACCUCCUGACUCAGUGCAAGGAGGCUAUAGCAGAGCCUGUGCGUCAUGGCGCCUGUUUGGGUCUUGGCUUGGCUGCUAUGGGUACUGGUCGAGAAGAUAUUUACGAGCAGAUCAAACAGCACCUGUUCCAGGAUGAUGCCAUCACUGGAGAAGCUGCUGGUCUGGCUAUGGGUCUGGUAAUGCUGGGCACAGGAUCCACUACAGCAGUGAACGACCUCCUCAGCUACACGGUGGACACUUCACACGAGAAAAUCAUGCGUGGUAUUGCUCUGGGCAUCGCUCUUAUCAUGUACGGCAAACGCGAGGACGCUGACGAACUGAUUGGUAACCUCAUUCAGGAGACUGAUCCCAUCCUGCGGUGGUGUGGAAUGGCCACAAUUGCCAUGGCCUACUGUGGGACAAAUAGCAACUCGGCCAUUGAGAAGCUCCUGCAUGCUGCUGUCAGCGAUACCAACGACGAUGUCCGUCGGUGGGCUCUCACCGCUCUCGGUUUUGUUAUGGAUGCAGACAAAGUUCCCUCUCUGGUGUCACUCCUUGCUGAAUCAUAUCACCCACAUCUUCGUUACGGCGCUGCCAUGGCUCUAGGUAUCGCCUGUGCUGGGACCGCUAAUAAGGAAGCCAUCUCCUUGCUGGAGCAACUCCUCGAUGGUACAGUUCAUUUCGUCCGUCAGGGAGCGCUAAUCGCCAUGGCGAUGGUUUUUAUGCAACAGAAUGCCGUUUCCUGCCCCAAGUCCUCAGAAUUUCGAGAGCGCUGCCUCAAAAUAAUCUCCGACCGCCAUGAGGAUCUACUGGCCAAAUUUGGCGCUAUUUUGGCCUGCGGAAUUCUCGACGCUGGUGGCUGCAAUAUGACUAUCUCGCUGCAGACUCGUACUGGGAAUACCAACAUGGUUGCUGCUGUGGGAUUGCUUGUUUUCCAGAACUUUUGGUUCUGGUAUCCUUUGACCAACUUCAUUAGCUUGGCCUUUUCGCCUACUGCGAUCAUCGCGUUGAAUAAGGAUCUUCAAAUGCCACAGAUGCAAUUCAAGUCGAAUGCCAAGCCAUCCAUGUUUGCUUACCCACCACCUCUACCAAUUGAGAAGGAAAAAAAGAAGGAAAAGGUAGAGACGGCUAUUCUUAGCAUCACCGCUAAGCAUAAGAAGAAAGAAUUGGAGAAAAAGAAACCCGCAGCUAGUGACACGGCAGUUGUCGAGAAGAUGGAUGUCGAUAAUCAGCCCCCGAUUUCCGCAGCUGGUGCUGCUGCAAAAAAGGAGAAGGAGGAGAAGGAACCCUCCUUCUCAAUGCUCUCAAAUCCAGCACGCGUUUUGCGAGCUCAACAGCGAGUGCUCUCUCUCCCUGAAGAUUGUCGAUACUACUCCAUCAAGCCGAUCACCCAGGCCGGAAUUCUCCUUUUCCACGAUCGGAGGCCCGAUGAGAAGGAGGUUCUCGUUGAGGCUGUUCAGCCCCACGGUCCUGUGGUUUCGACUCGAGCUGGAAAGGGGGGUUCCAAGGCUAGUGGUGGUGGCGCCAGUGGUGCGGAUGAUCAAGGACCGAGUGGUACCGGUGGACUUGCCGAGGAAACCGCCCCUGAUCAACCUGUCCACGCGUCCACGGUGGGAGCUCUGUUAGAAGACGAUGAUGACGAAGAUGAAGACGAGGACGAUGUAGAUGACGAUGAUGAGGACGACGAUGUUGAGGAUGAAGACGAGGACGAUGAGGGUGGUUCCAUGUCGGAAGACGACGAGGAUGAUGUGGACGAUGUAGAUGUUGAAGAGGCAAUGUUAGAUGAGGAUGCCGAGGACUACGAGACGAGACCACGGGGGCAUCGAGGAGCAGGGUCGAAGUCAGGUGGAGGUGGAUCUGCUACCGCCGGCACAUCCACAUCGACAUCGCAGCAGCAGCAUGAACCGGCACCACCGGAGUCCUUCGUGUGGACGGAGGAUGACGCAGUUCCCGAAGCUACGACAGCCGCUGCUUCGGCGACUGGCACGACCAACACUACUACCACGGCGACUGCCACGGCAGGAAGUGGUGAGGUGACAGCUACGACCCAGAGUCAGGGGCAGCCCGUUGCGGAACCGAUGGACACGGAUCAUCAGGCAGAAGAGGAGGAAGAGGGUUCGGAUGUGGAUGAGAUCAUUGCGAAACAGCAGAGCAAAAAGUCGCCAGAGUGA